CUGAUAAGGAAAGAAAAAUUAUUGGUUAGUGAUAUGGUGAAACAUGUUCAGUCUAGUAUUAGAUUGCAACAUGAAUGGGCGUCAUGAGUGCCAUAUCAGAGGUUUGUCUAAAGAGGAUUUAUUGGCAGUUAUACGAACAAGCAAAUUCAAUGAGAUAGCGGAUGUAAUUGAGACAUUCAAUAUUUGUGGUAGUGAUUUACUCGAUAUGAAAGAGUAUGAUGCUUUGCGUAAAGUUGGACACGCAAAUCGCAAACUCUUUGUUGAACUUUUGAAUUGUGUCCAAGAAACUCCCCAAAUAUUGUUUCCUCUUAAACCAACAUUGAAACCAAGAGUAUCUUUUAUUUCGAGGCAAGUUUCAUCGCCGAAAGAGACUAGUAAAGUAAUUACCAAUGAAUUGAAUGGAAUGUUUGCACAAUUAAACACUUCUGACGUGUUUAAAUCUGGCAAAAAUGUUAAAGAAGAUCCAUCCUCUAUGACGAAACAAAUUUUAUCGCCUACAGAAACUUCUAAAGGAAUGACCAACCCAUUGAAUGGAAUGUUGGCACAAUUAAGUAGCCCUGAAGUACUUAAACCUGUUAAAAAGAUUGAAGAAGAACAAAUACAAAUUACAGAAACUGAGAUUAAAGAUGUUAGAUUACUACCAGAAGUUGAUUUAGAUCAAAUAAAAAAUUCCGUAAUGAAGAUGUUGCCCAAUAUACUCAGUAGAAAUAAAAGUUUUAAAAAGCCGCCACCACCUACUUCGCCAAAACCAACGAAGCAAAGAAAUAAUAAUAAACUUCAAGAAACUACUGCAGCAGUUGUUGAAACAGUAGAUUCAAAGAAAGAACCAACAGGAACACAUCAAAAUACUAAUGGUUUUAAAUUUGCUUUCUCUCAAAAGGAAUUGAUUGAAUUAGAUUCUAAUCCAAAAACACUUUCGUUCGAUGAUCAUAAUUCGGAUCAAUUUUACAAAAUACCAAAGUCGUUUUCACCAAGAAUUGAGCGAAAAUUAGUCAACAAUAACAUCCCGGAAAAAGACGACGAUAAUAUUCCCAAAACACUUUUGUUCGAUGGAGAUAAUUCGGAUCAAUUUUACAAAAUACCAAAAUCUUUUCCACCAAAAAUGGAACGAGAAUUAAUCAACAAUAAUAUCCUGACGUCCGAUGAUCAUAAUUCGGAGUUAUUUUACAAAAUACCAAAGUCUUUUCCGGCGAAAAUGGAACGAGAAUCAAACAUGAAUAAUAUCCCGGGAAAAAGCGACGAUAACGUUUCAAGAACACUUUCGUCUGAGGAAGAUAAUUCGGGACAAUUUUACAAAAUACCAAAAUCAUUUCCACCAAAAAUGGUACAAGAAUUAAUUAACAAUAAUAUUAGGCGGAAAAACGAUGAUAUCGUUGCACUUUCGUCCGAUGAUCACGAUUCGGAGCAAUUUUACAAAAUACCAAAAUCAUUCUCACCAAAAAUGGUACAAGAAUUAAUCAACAAUAAUAUUCUGCGGCAAAACGACGAUAUCGUUGCGCUUUCGUCCGAUGAUCACGAUUCGGAGCAAUUUUACAAAAUACCAAAGUCGUUUCCACCAAAAGUAGAACAAGAAGCAAUCUACAAUGAUAUCCCGGAUAUAAACGCCAACAAAGUUAACGAGAAUAUAUACGAGACUACUCGUCUACCACGUUCAGACGAUGAACCUCCAGAAUUACCGGAGCGUCCAGCCAAUCUGAUAUUUACAGCUAAAAAAAAACAAAUCAAACAAAGACAGCAUUCACCGGAUGACGAAUCAAACAAUCACGAUCACUUAGACAACGAACACUACAGGAGACUUCCAAAACUUUCCAGUCAGCCGCAUAUGCCACUACCUCCUUCACCAGCCGAGUCUCUGCUAGUGCCUCGAGACACACUUCGAAGUAACCAAUUUUUCAGAGAUUGCACUCGUUCGGAAGCCGUGCAACUACUAGAAACGAAAAGAGUAGGCACGUUUCUCUUGCGACCCAGCUCAAGACCACAGUUUUGGGGUGUACUGGUGCUUAACGGAGAGUUAGGCGUGCAAAAUAUUCCACUUUGUUAUAAUAAUUACACAAAUGAGUAUUAUUUUGCUUCAAAAUCCGGAGAUCUACAAGCUACACGUUUUAGUAGUUUUGAUUCAUUGCUUAAUUAUUAUAAAGAUCAUGCUAUUAAUGGCGAAUUGUUGCUAGGUUCAGAGGUCAAUAUAUUAAGUUAAUACAAUAAAAUUGGUGAUAAUAAGUCAUUUACACCAGGUGAACGAAAUUCCAUGAAAAUUUACUAUUUGCUUAUCUCACUUUGCUCAUAUUUGUACUGAUAUAACUAUGCAUCAUGUGAAACACAACAUGGGCGUGUAUCAGACAUACGUGCAGUUUAAACAAAAUGGCAAUCAGGUACUCGUAUAAAUCGCAGCUUUCUGCAAUGACAUCGGCAGAUUUAGUCAAUCAAAUCAAAGGAACAGAGUUUUCUGAUGUUUGUGAUGUUAUAGAAUUGUUCGAACUCUCCGGUAGCGAUAUAAAGCUGUUAUCUGAAUUAGACUUACAACUGAAAAUUGGACCGCAAUUAGACAAUUUAAAACUUCAGAAGUUCCGGGCGUUUGUUCACGUCGUGAAAACACAGCCACAUAAAUUGAUGUAUUAUAAAGAAUUAAGUACAUGUGCUAACAAAAUGGCUGAAUAUUCUUCUGAUGUACAAUUUAAAGUACCGGCAUCACCUGAUUAUGAAGUACCACCGCAGAUUAGUUAUACUAACCCAUCUUCGGCCAGAACACCUUCAGUUUAUUGUCAACUGCCGAAAGUUGACACCAACGCUCCAUUUUUACCAGAAGAAGUUUGUUAUUUGGAACCAAUUAAGGCGAAAAUACUUGGUAGCACUAUUAUUGAAUCGCAUCGGUUCUAUAGAUGUGUGGAUCGAAAGCAAGGAAAAGAACUGUUGAAUAACACACCAACUGGAACUUAUCUUCUGAGACCUAGUGGGGAGUCGAGUUUUUUGGCUGUCCUGAUGAUACACGGUAAAUUUAAGACGCAGAACAUUCCGAUUUGGUUUAAUAAGAGUACUGAGCAGUUUUACCUGAAUACAUCGGAAGAUUAUGGCUCGUUGAAGACGUUUCGCACUGUGGAUGAGUUGUUACAGUAUUAUACAGUUAAUGAUAUUAAUGAUGAUAAAUUGUUGAGGAAUAAUGAAGAUAGUAUACCUCCUGUACAAGUUAAAUAAAUGUUGUAGUAUAAAGAAAAAUUGCGAUGGAA